CUGACGUGGUAUGCUCGAAGCGGGGACGUCGUGAACUGGCCACAUCCGAGGUCCGAUUUAUACAAAUGGAGCUUUGAGAUUUCCGAAUUCGGCGAACGCCAAUAUUUGUCACUUUAGUUUCUGUACAUUCAAACUAACUCUGUAAAUAUUUAAGAGAAAAUGGUGUUGCUAACGAUGAUUGCAAGGAUAGCGGACGGCCUGCCGAUGGCUGCAACCAUGCAAGAGGAUGAACAGAGUGGGAGAAGUAUUUUGGAGUAUCAGAACCAAGCAAAAAUGUUAUUUAGAAAGCUCGGACCCCAGUCUCCUACGAGAUGCACAAUAGAAACUGGACCUUAUUUAUUCCAUUAUUUGAUUGAAAAUGAUGUGUGUUAUCUGGUGCUAUGUGAACGAAACUAUAGCAAACGGUUGGCAUACAGUUAUUUGGAAGACAUUGCCCAGGAAUUUCAUUGCCAAUAUGGUAAACGUGUAAAUACAGUGACUAGACCAUACAGUUUUAUUGAAUUUGACACUUAUAUAAAGAAGGCUCAAAAAACAUUUUCGGAUGGUAGAUCUCGUAGAAAUAUGAAUGUACUGAAUAAUCAAUUGCAAGAUGUUCAAAGAAUAAUGGUUCAGAAUAUUGAUGACGUUUUGCAAAGAGGAACUAUUCUUUCGGAAUUGGAUACGAAGACACAAAAUUUGUCAAUGUUGUCUCAGAAAUACAGGAAGGAUGCAGCACACUUGAACAGCAAAUCAAUGUACAUCAAGGCAGUCGCUGGACUCGUUGCUUUCCUUGUCUUCCUGCUAUAUUUCUUUGUCUUUUAAUUUACUAAAAAGUCACUCAUCACUGUUACUGUUAUGUUAAAUGAUUAACAUUCUGUUAAUUAUGGGACUAUUCAUCUGAGCUACCGUUUCCAAGGAUAAACUCUACUUAUGUUUAAUAGGUAAAACUCACACAUUCACUAUUAUACAUAAAAAUGUAAUUUUUACAAGGUAAACAGAAAAGCAAGCAUGUAUAAUAUAAUAAUUGUGAGAUAAAAAGGUUAUUUGAACGUACCUACACACAUGGACGAAACGUAAGUUCUAUUUGAAAAUAGAUAUCAAUUCGUAAGCAUUUUAUUGCUAAUCACAGUACAUUGCUAUCAUAAAUGUUUGUUUUACAUAUUUACAAGAUUUUGCUGCAGCAUCAGUAUUAUGACGUAAAAGCAUUUUCUGCAUACAGAUUCGUUUUGGUGAGUACUGCAAUGUUUUCAUUUGUAAAAAUGUAUCAAUGAAUAACACUUAACUUUUGACUUUUGAAGUUUCAUUUUUGUACAUAAACAUUUAAAACAUUCAUAAAAAGGUAUACUAAUGCACACAUUUUACAUUGAUGCCAGUUUUAAUGUAUAAAAUCUUUUCGUUAAUAUCAGUACAUGCUGCUUUGCUGACAUUGGAAUUUCUGUCAUAUAUUGAUAAUAAGUUUAUUUUACGAAGUAGAUAUAUAAUUAAUUGUCAAAAAUGAUUUAGUAUGGAAUGAUCCUGUCCAUAACAUUCAUACAAAAAAUAUUAGUAUGAUAUAUUUAUUGUCAGGCAUAAACUUUUGGGUAGGUUAUUUAGCAUGGGCGAAUUAGUGUAGAAUAUAUAAAAGACAUAUAAUAAAUUUAAUGUGUUUAUAAUAGUGUUGUAAUAUUUGUAUCAAAUUCAAUUAAAGUAGUUUCUUCAGGCAAUGUA